GAUGUUAAACGAGUUUCAGUGCUUUGAAUUCACCUGGAGAGCUUUUUGAAAACCCACGGGACAAACAAAUCCCUUCCAGUCUGAAGUGGAACUUUGCAAAAACCUACAGUUCAGAGUUCUAGAAAAGUUUCCGGCUGAAGAAAUCAAGUGGCUAAAUAAAAUAUCAGUCAAGGUUGAGGAAAGACAAACAUGAGAAACCCAGACCUAGUUAUCAUUGCCUUGCUGCUCAGCUGUGUAAUAGAUAGUACUGUCUACAGCCAGGUAACCUGCCGCAGAGCCACGACUCGUGAAUGGUACACUCAGCCAAAGAACAUCAGCGUGAGGUGGACCCUCAUGGAGAACACCUGCAGCAGCUUGACCCAGUGCUGGAGUAGACAAACAGAACCAAAUGGACACUUGUGGACAACUGGGCCAUAUCACUUUCCUCAGCUUUGCCCGCUGGAAUUUCAACUUGGAGAUGUGAUGUUUGUUUCUGCUGACAGAACGCUGGAACAAUAUGUUAUCCACCUAAUUAAUGUGUCCAAAGAGGAGUUUGAAAACUGCUUGAUUUUAGAGCCACGAAAGGAGCAGUUGGUGUUUGCCAACAGUAUUAAUGGUACUUUGCAAGUGGAAACGAAAUGGCUGAAGACCGGUAUGAAUUACUUCACUGUUGUUCAUAGAGGCAGUAGUCAACUGUGUAGGCUUGGCCUACGCAUUGCACUUCUGGUAAAGCCUCAGCACUGCCAGAGCUCACCUCUUCUUCGCCUGUGUUCGGGAAAUGGUGAAUGCAGAACUACAUUUAAAGACGAUUCAUUUAGCUGUCAGUGCCACAAACACUUUUCAGGACUUUAUUGCGAGAACAUUGAUGGAUGCUAUGAACAGCCAUGCUUAAAUGGAGGCACCUGUCUGAGCAAGAGAACAGCCUACACAGAUCUCCCAUCUUACGAAUGUCUUUGCCCCUCUCUGUUCACAGGUGUCAACUGCUCUGAAAUCACUGGACAUCAAAAUUGCAGUAAAGGGUGCAAAGAAGGAGCUUGUGUACAAGUCUCAUCAACUUCCUACAGAUGUCAAUGUUUCACAGGAUAUACAGGUACAUUUUGUGAGCGAAAGAGGCUCCUCUGCGAUUCAAACCCGUGCUGGAAUGACGGUCGCUGUGAGGAGACUGCUAAUGGAUAUGUUUGCACAUGCCCAGGGGGUUUCACAGGCCUCAACUGUGAGACCACCACUCAGGCUGACAGCUACUGCAAGUCUAACGGAUGUCAACUGGACGAAGCUUGUGCCACAGACAAACUUAAUUCCACAUGUGUCUGCGUAGGCCCGGAGUGCUCGGAGCAGGCAGAGGUGUGUGGCACUUUGCCCUGUCUCAACGGUGGCAUCUGUGUAGUUCAGAAUGGCCAGUAUCAUUGCAGAUGCCGACAAGGUUUUUCCGGAAAGAACUGUGAAGAAAUAAUUGACUUCUGCAAGCUGCUCAAUAUUAACUGCCUGAAUGAGGGAUUGUGUCUCAGCCUAGUUGGAGGAUAUAAUUGUCUCUGUGCACCAGGAUGGACGGGGGAGUUUUGUCAGUACUUGGAUAACGCAUGCUUAGCCUAUCCAAACAGAUGCUUGAACGGAGCUACUUGCAUCAGUAUGAGUCAGCCAACUGCACCCCCGCACUAUAUGUGCACCUGUCUCCCUGGAUACACAGGACGCUACUGUGAGGCUGAAGUAAAUGAGUGCGAUUCCAGUCCCUGUCAGCACCAGGGAACAUGCACUGACUUUGUUGGAUACUACAAAUGUGCCUGUCCUUCAGGAUACACUGGGGUUGACUGUGAGGUUGACAUAAACGCCUGUGCGCUUCCAAAUGUCACCUGUCCCCCUGGAACGUUCUGUGUGGAUUUGCCAGGUGACCAGCCCCAUAUAUGUCACACUCAAUGCCCUCGCUAUCUACAGCCAUGUGCCAAUGGAGGACAUUGUGUCCUUAACAACAUCACCAGUUACAGUUGUGUUUGUGCACCUGGAUGGACUGGGCUGACCUGCUUGGUCAACAUAAAUGAGUGUGUCCAGCACAGGUGUCAGAACAGAGCCAUCUGCAUGGAUGAGGUUGGUGGGUACAGUUGCCUUUGCGGUCACGGAUAUACUGGAGUCCACUGCGAACUUGACAUUGACUUCUGCUCUGGGCAUCAGUGUUCAGAACACGCCUUCUGUCUGGACCAACAGCACAACUACACCUGUCACUGCAUGCUGGGAUAUGAGGGAACGUUCUGUGAGCUUGAGACAGAUGAAUGCAAAAGUGCACCAUGCACCAACGUUGCCACUUGCAUUGAUUUGGUGGCAGGUUACCAAUGCCUGUGUGCGCCAGGAUUUAAGGGUCGAACAUGCUCCAAGAAUAUGAAUGAGUGCUGGUCCAGACCCUGCCUUAAUGGGGGCACCUGCAUUGAUCUGGUCAAUGACUACAUUUGUAUCUGUCCACUUGGAUUCACAGGACAUGACUGCUCCAUGCUGACUGCGGACUGCACUUCCAACCCUUGCGAUACGAAGGGCACUUCCAUGUGCGAAGAGCAGCAGGGCAGUUUCAAGUGCACGUGUCACCAUGGCUAUACUGGCCUAUUUUGUGAAACUUCUAUCAAUCACUGCGUUGAAGGAUUGUGUCAUCACAGAUCAAAGUGUGUGGAUCUCCUGCUGGGUUUCGUGUGUGAAUGUUUGCCUGGGUUACAAGGACGAUUCUGUGAGGUAAACAUUGAUGACUGUCUCGAUAAGCCUUGUGGUGCACUCAGUAUCUGUAAAGAUGGUAUCAAUGCCCAUGACUGUUUCUGUGCACCUGGGUUCGUCGGUAAUAACUGUGAGAUUGAAGUAAAUGAGUGUCUUAGUCUACCCUGUCAGAAUGGAGCUUCCUGCUCAGAUGAGCUUAACUCCUUCAGCUGUCUCUGCCUUGCCGGGACCACAGGCAGUUUAUGUGAAAUAAAUAUAGAUGAAUGCCAGUCAUCACCAUGCAUGAACAAAGGCACGUGUUUGGACCUCUCAGAUGGCUUUGAAUGCAUUUGCCCAUCAGGUUACUCUGGUCCCGAGUGCUCGCUGGACGUUGAUGAGUGUCUCUCAUAUCCCUGUAAGAAUGGAGGCACCUGUAUUGACCAACCGGGUAAUUACUACUGCCGAUGCGCUGCUCCAUAUAAAGGGAUUAACUGCGAGUUGCUGCCCUGUGAGGCCAUUAAUCCAUGUGAUAACGGGGCAGAGUGUGUGGAGGAAGCUGAUCCCGUCCUCUUCCCUCUGGGUUUCCGGUGCCGAUGUCGCCAGGGUUUCACAGGGCCCCGCUGUGAGAUCAACAUAGACGAGUGCAGCUCCAACCCCUGUCGACACGGCUUCUGUUACGACGCUGUGGAUGGUUUUUACUGCUUGUGUAACCCUGGUUACGCUGGAUUAAGAUGCGAGCAGGACAUCAAUGACUGUGUCAGCAACAUGUGUGAAAACAACUCGACUUGUGUGGACCUCCAUCUGAGUUACGAGUGCCUCUGUCUACCCGGCUGGGAGGGGGAGUUCUGUCAAUGGGAGACCGAUGAAUGUUCAUCAAACCCCUGUAAAAACAAUGCCACCUGUAGAGACCUCCUCAACGCUUACAGGUGCACAUGUCCUCAUGGCUGGACAGGCCUGGAUUGUGGAGAGGAUGUGAAGGAAUGUUCUUCCUCUCCCUGCCUGAACGGUGCACAUUGUGUGGAGUCUGACAUCCCAGGGGAGUUUUCCUGCACCUGCCCGCCCUUCUUUACCGGCCUCCUCUGUGAACAGGCAUACAACCCCUGCGACCUGCGGCAUAACCCUUGCCUGCACAACUCUACCUGCCGUGCCAAGUCAGAUGGAACCACCCUCUGUGUUUGCCCAGUUGGGUUUGAGGGAACUCGCUGUGAAAUUGAUAGCGAUGACUGUGUCUCAAGACCUUGUCAGAACCAAGGCCAUUGUGUGGAUGGGGUCAACAGUUACAGCUGUUUCUGCAAGCCCGGUUUCUCGGGCCAACACUGUGAGGAAGACAUCAAUGAGUGUGCAUCCAACCCCUGCCAGAACGGAGGUGUCUGCCAAGACCUUGUGAACGGUUUCCAGUGUAACUGUGUCCCCGGAUAUUUUGGAAAGCUUUGCAACCUGGACAUAAACGAAUGUGAAGCUUCCCCCUGCCUCCAUGACUCUGUGUGCAUCAACAAACCUGGGGGAUUCAUAUGUGUCUGCCAUAGUGGCUUCUCAGGUAAAUGGUGCGAGCUGAACGUUGAUGAGUGCAAAUCUAAUCCAUGCCGAAACAACGGGAGGUGCAUCGACGGUCUUGAUGGUUACCAGUGUGUGUGCUCCAGAGGUUUCAUGGGCUAUCACUGUGAGAGAAACAUUGAUGAGUGCUCAUCCAACCCCUGUGUUCAUGGGAGUUGCCUGGAUAAAACUGAUGCAUACAGCUGUCAGUGUGAGGUUGGAUGGACCGGUCACAGAUGUGAGAUCAACAUUAAUGAGUGUGAGACUCGUCCUUGUCUUAAUGGAGGCUCCUGUGUGGAUCUUCUGGACAAAUACGCCUGCAUAUGUGCAGAAGGUUUCACUGGGAAGAACUGUGAGAUUGACCAGAAUGUGUGUCUGCAGAUGUCUCAUAAUUUCUCCCUGUGUUUCAAUGGAGGGACAUGUGUGGAUGGACCAGGGGCCAAUUUCACAUGCAGCUGCCUGCCAGGUUUUGUUGGAGAUUUCUGUGAGGUAGAGAUGAAUGAAUGCUGCUCUGAGCCCUGCUUUCAUGGGGCCAUCUGCCAAGACCUCAUCAAUGGCUACCAAUGUCAUUGUCGACCAGGUUGGACAGGCCUUCACUGUGAAUAUGACAUUAAUGAGUGCUUGCUGCAACCAUGCAACCAGGGAAUGUGCAUCCAGAAUGAGCCUAGCCAUGGCUACACCUGCUUCUGUCGGCCCGGAUUUGUGGGAAAAAACUGUGAAUAUAAUUAUGAUGAUUGCUUGAUCCAAUCAUGUCCUGAUGGGUUUUCCUGUAAGGAUGGCAUCAACAAUGUCAGCUGUGUCCCUGUGAAGACCGACACAUCCUCUGUUCCUCCCAUCUCAGUUGUGUCGUGGAGAACCAUCAACCCCAACCCAGAGUUACAACCCACUUUAGCACCUGUGGAGAACUUGCAAAACACUGAGCAGUCGACAGAUAUUAGUUUUGGGAGAUAUUCUGGGAAAUCCUUUUUGGAGUUUGAGGGCAUUGAAGUCGGUGCUGUGUUCAGUGUCACGGUGAGAUUCCUGACUGAAUCCAUGUAUGGAACCCUGCUGUAUUCAGCCAGUGCCAUAAAAGGCAUCUUCUUUGUCAAACUCUAUGUUUCCAAUGGAAUGCUUCAGUAUGACUUUUUAUGCAACCAAAAGGAGGGAGCUCAGCGGAUCAAUACAGCACAGCAGGUUGCUGAUGGAAAUGAGCAUGUGCUGCUUUUGAGACAGUAUCUUUCUCCGUGUGCAGCUGAAGUCACUAUUUCAGGCUUUAGGACUGUCAGAAGUAUUCCAAGCAAUUUCACAACAGUCAUGAGUUUACAGAGAACUGACAGUCCCUUCAUAGGAGGACUUCCUCUUCUGUAUCCACCUUAUAAAGAAGCUGAGCCUUUCCACAACUAUACUGGCUGCAUUGAAAUAAUAGAAAUUAAUACGCUCAGAAGAUUCCGUGUGGACCAUGCCAUUGCCAGGAACAAUGUUGACAACUGCAGGUCUCCAUGGCAUCACGACCCACCAGCAAACUCCACAGAUUCCCCUCCUCUGUUCAUCACAGUGGAAACCCCUCCUGAUGGGCGUAUCCCACCCACCCAGCCUUCACCUGUCUGCCCACAGGGGCUCUGUCUCAACGGCGGAUCCUGUCGGCCCAUCUCUCUGCCCAGCGGAGCCUCGUCUUUCUUUUGUGACUGUCCUCUGCACUUCACAGGACGCCUGUGUGAACAAGAUACCACAGUCUUUUUCCCCCGAUUUGAUGGUACCUCUUUCUUGGAGUUGCCGUCUCUGACAUCCCUGUUUCAGUCAGACACUCACUUUACGAACCAUUCCUCUGAAGACAGGAGGACCAUGUAUUUGACAAUGAAGAGCAAGACACCUCAUGGUACUAUUCUCUACUGUGAGUAUCUGAGAGCCACUGGGAGAAUACAGCUCUUAAAACAAAAUGGGAGUUUUGUGGCUUUUAGUGCUUGUCUGGAACAUUUAAGAGGAGGGAAACUGACUGAUUUAAUUAGAGCUGCUCCACAAAAUAUCAGGAACAAUAGCUUGGUGCCAAUUAUAGUGAGAUAUGCAUUGCCAUCUCGUGACAAUGACCAGCUCUGUAUCAUUGAAAUAGCUGUUGCUAAUGGAACUGCUAAUCGGCAGCAGAAAUAUAUGGAUCAGCCUGUGUCAGAGGUGGUGUUCGGCCCCACAUUCCUUGGUGGCGUUCCAUCCCUCUCCGAGCUGCACCACAACAUUGGGAAUGUCUCUGGCUUCAUUGGCUGCAUACAUGAGCUGCAGAUGGGCUCCAAAGAGCUGUAUGUGGUAGGGGAAGCAAUCAGAGGCCAAAAUAUUCAGAACUGUGAUGCUGCAGCCUGCCAGCACCAACCCUGCCGUAAUGGAGGAACCUGUAGCAAUGAUGCGGAGAGCUGGUUCUGCGCGUGUCCUUCAGUUUACUCCGGUAAGCUGUGCCAGUUCACUGCCUGCGAGCGAAACCCGUGUGCGCUCGGCGCCACCUGCAUUCCCCAGACGCGGCUCGAAGCAGUGUGUCUUUGCCCCUACGGAAGACAGGGUCUCCUCUGCGAUGAGGCUGUCAACAUCACUCGGCCCAGGUUUAGUGGACUUGAUGAAUUUGGAUACUCAUCCUAUGUGGCUUAUCCUUCUAUACCCAGUAUCGGUCAUUUUUAUGAAUUCCACCUGAAGCUCACCUUUGCCAAUAAUGUCUCCGCUUUGAGAAACAACCUCAUUUUCUUUUCUGGGCAAAAGGGACAAGGCAUCAGUGGUGAUGACUUCUUCGCAUUGGGGGUGCGGAACGGCAGGAUUGUUCAUAAAUAUAAUCUCGGCUCGGGUUUGGCAACAAUUAUCAGUGAGCGCCUGAAUCCGAGGAUCAACAUUCACACGGUGCACUUUGGAAGACAUCUGAAAAACGGAUGGCUGAAGGUUGAUGGGCAGAAGAGGAGGAUGGGUACAUCCCCUGGACCACUGGUGGGCUUGAACACCUUUAGUCAACUUUAUGUGGGUGGAUAUGAAGAAUACACACCUGAGCUAUUGCCUGCGGGCUCUCGAUUCCAGAACAGCUUUCAAGGCUGCAUUUUUGACUUGCUGUUUCGGACGAGACAAGAUGGGAAGUUUCAUCCUCCAGGAGGGUCAGAGGGCAGGCCAGUGUCCGGACGUAAUGUGGGGCAGUGUGGUGUUAAUCUGUGCAGCUUGGUCAUCUGCAAGAACGGAGGCACCUGUGUUGACUCUGGAUCCUCUGUGUACUGUCAGUGUGUGUUAGGAUGGAAAGGUGCUCUUUGCUCAGAGAAAGUGUCGUUCUGUGAUGCUGAGCACAUCCCACCACCCUCCUGUGCUCGCGGUGCCCCCUGUGUGCCCCUUCCUGAUGGAUACACAUGCCAGUGCCCCCUAGGCUCUGCUGGACUCUUCUGCCAGCAAGCUGUAUCUAUCAGUGAUCCCUUCUUCAGUGGGAAUCAAUCGUCUUGGAUGUCAUUUCCUCCCAUCAACAUAAGGCACAGAACCCAUCUGCAACUGCAGUUUCAGACUCUUUCACCGGAGGGCAUCCUGUUCUACGCCGCACGCUACUUGAGCAGUCGGUCCGGUGAUUUCCUCAGCGUAUCCCUGUCAGCUGGAUUUGUGCAGCUCCGCUAUAAUCUGGGAAACGAAACUAUUGUAUUACAGUCUCCAAAAAGUGUAGAUGUGACCGGCAUGAUGUGGCACACAGUGGAGGCUGGUAGAGAAGGCAACCAUGGUUUUCUGAUUCUAGACGAUGAAGCCGUGACCAGGAACUUUUCGGAGGGCACGACCACUCUAGAUGUUGGCACAAAUAUUUUCAUUGGUGGCGUGUCCUCCCUGAACACACUGUCCCCAGAUGCGAUGGAGAAGGAGCCAGUGGGGUUCACCGGUGGCAUUCGAGAGGUCAUAGUCAACGGGCAGGACCUUGAGCUCACAGAGACCGGCGCACUGGAUGGAGCCAAUGUUGGCGACUGGGACGGGACAGCAUGUGGAUAUAAGGUUUGCUUGAACAGUGGCUACUGCCAUCCAAUAGGACUUUCUUCAUUCGGGUGUAUUUGCCCCUCAUUGUGGACCGGUUCACGGUGCCAACAGUCAGUUCACUGUGUCAACAAUCUUUGUCAACACGAUUCUGUCUGUGUCCAUAACACAACGUCUGCUUCAUAUUCAUGUACGUGUUCUUUGGGAUGGAUUGGGACUUACUGUGACCAAGACGUUACGUUGAGGACUUUAAGGUUUACUGGAAACUCUUAUUUGAAAUACAAGGAUCCAAAGUACAACUCUAGGAAUUUGAUGUACACCGAGGUGUCAUUGAAUUUUUCUACUUUAUCAGGGGACGGUUUGAUCCUUUGGAUGGGGAAAGCACACAGUGAAGACGAUGACCAUCUAGCCGUUGGGCUGCAGGGCGGUUAUCUGAAGGUUUCAGUCAAUCUUGGUGAGAAAACUGCUCUUCCUCUUGUGUAUCAAAAGACUUUCUGCUGUAAUCACUGGAAUUACCUGUCUAUCACUCGCAACCGAACUCUCAUCCAGGUCUAUGUGAAUGAGGAAAGAGUCAUUUUUGAAGACAUUGACCCCUUUGAACGGUAUGUAGCAGUAAAUUAUGGAGGGAUGAUUUAUUUUGGGGGUUUUGAAUUGAAAAGAGAUGUGGCGUCAGUUACGUCUGGUGUAUAUACUAAAGGGUUUGAUGGGAGCAUUAAAGAUGUUUUCUUGUAUCGGGACAUCAGACAGCUGGAGUUUUUACAAACCAGUGAAGGUUUUAAUGUCUAUCAAGGUGAAGAGUAGAAAAAAUGGCUGUGCGUAUUGUUGCUAAUUUGAUUUUAAGUAUUCAGAUGUAGAAUAGAUAUGUCAGUGAGUUUUUUUUUUUU